CUAAAUUGAUCAGAUAUAAAAUAUACUAGGAUCAAUAAAAACACUUGUAAAAUUUAAUUGUCAACAGNAUUCUCGAAUCCCCCAUUUUUUCCCAUUUUUCAUUCGAUUCAGUGCAUCAAACUCAUCGCGGCGAUGUCGUUGAGGAUACUUGUGACGGGUGGCGCGGGUUAUAUUGGGAGUCACACGGUGCUGCAGCUGCUGCUGGGCGGGUACAAGGCGGUUGUGGUGGACAAUUUGGAUAAUUCAUCGGAAGUUGCUAUCAAAAGGGUUCAGGAACUCGCCGGCAAACAUGGCUCUAACAUGACCUUUCAUAAAAUAGAUCUUCGGGAUAAGCCGGCACUUGAGAAACUUUUUGUUUCUGAAAAGUUUGAUGCCGUCAUUCAUUUUGCCGGGUUAAAGGCAGUUGGAGAAAGUGUGCAGAAACCCUUGAUGUAUUAUGACAAUAACAUUGUUGGUACUAUUAUGCUAUUGGAAGUCAUGGCUGCCCACGGAUGUAGAAAACUAGUGUUUUCAUCAUCAGCUACUGUGUAUGGCUGGCCGAAAGAGGUUCCAUGCACUGAAGACUCCCCUAUUAGUGCUAUGAAUCCUUAUGGACGGACUAAGCUUUUUAUAGAAGAGAUAUGUCGAGAUCUUUACCAGUCGGACAAAACAUGGAAAAUCAUUUUACUGAGGUAUUUCAAUCCUGUGGGUGCUCAUCCAAGUGGUUAUAUUGGUGAAGAUCCUAGAGGAAUCCCAAACAAUCUUAUGCCCUUUGUGCAACAAGUUGCUGUUGGAAGGCGGCCUGCGCUUACUGUUUACGGAACUGACUAUGGCACAAAGGAUGGAACAGGGGUACGUGAUUACAUCCAUGUUGUGGACUUAGCAGAUGGCCAUAUUGCUGCUGUGAACAAGCUUUCUGAUCCUUCUGUAGGCUGUGAGGUGUAUAAUCUUGGGACAGGACAUGGUACAUCCGUCUUAGAAAUGGUUGCAGCAUUUGAAAAAGCAUCAGGGAAGAAAAUUCCAUUGAUAAUGGCUGAUCGACGACCUGGAGAUGCUGAGAUUGUAUAUGCUGAAACAGACAAAGCCGAACGGGAGCUUAAGUGGAAGGCAAAAUACGGCAUUGAUGAGAUGUGCAGAGACCUGUGGAACUGGGCAAGCAAGAACCCUUACGGUUACGAGCCAACUAAGUGAUGUCGAGUGUCAAGUGAGGUCUUGCAUUUUAGUUCUUAGGUAGAGUUAAUUAAAUUGUAAAUCGACAAUGACACUGUUGAUUAAGUGAAGUUUUCUGUGGUGUUGAGGUUGUUAACCUUAAUACAAAGACUUUGCCAAGAGCAGUUAUAAUCUACUAACUACUACUAUCUUAAAAGGAUGAAUAUUUCUAUAAAUAUAUGUGUAGACUAAAAUAUACUCAACAUGAAACUCAGUAAUUAUAUUCAGUAAUUAUGUGGGAGUUCAAUGUAAUAAUACCUCAGUUACUAAAUUUUUCUCGAUGGUUCGUAUAAUUUUAUUUGUCUCUACUUCAUUUUGGUGCCUCUUCCUCGAUUUAAAUUCUUAUUUCCUCACCGUUGAAGAUUUGGACGGAGAAUUACAUAGGACAUACAUGGAGAUGAAAAGAAAAAUCCAGCUUGAUUUGCUAACUACGAGUUU